UUAAGAUAAAUGCAGAUAGCUGGUAGAAACAUAUUAUUGCCUUUGAGGCAAUCUAUUUUGGGUGUCGGGCGCCAGUACCCCGUUGCGACUCAAUCAACGUCUGCCGGUGCUCAGACAAAUGUGGAGCAACAGCCUCCGCCUGCCGCAAAAUGCGAUGGAAAAAUGCGAGGAUGGCAGUUGCACAACUAUGGCGACAUCGACGAGCUACAGCUAUCAGAUAAACUGAAGAUACCUUCGAUUCGUAGCUCUAACGAGUGUCUCGUACGAAUUAAGACAACUUCAGUGAAUCCCAUCGAUGUGGCCAUGCUCCGAGGAUAUGGCGCCACAGUCCUAAACAAGAUGCGUUGUCUUCCGAGCAAUGGUAUUGAAUUCCCGCUUGUACUUGGCCGUGAGUUCUGCGGAGAGCUCGUGCACAAAGGAAUGGGGGUGUCUCUUCCUUUGGGAACCCGUGUCUGGGGCGUGGUGCCACUGCAGUCCAGUGCCGGAGCUCAUGCAGAGUACGUAACCGUACCGUCAUACUGUAUCUCGAAAGCUCCGAAACAAUUGGAUGACUGUGAGGCGGCAAGCGUGCUAUACGCUGGACUUACGGCUUGGUCUGGUCUUUACGUUACUGGCGGACUUGGAGGACCAUGUGGAGCUACCACAUCCUCCGGCGGCGGAGCCCACAAGCGUGUCUUGGUCCUGGGCGGUUCCGGUGGUGUGGGGACCCUAGCCGUGCAGAUACUCAAGUCACAAAAGGUGCAGGUUUUGGCAACGUGCAGCGUGAGAAAUAUGGAAAUGGUUCGCAAUCUGGGAGCCGACCUUGUGGUGGACUAUAACGACAGCGAGGCUAUGGAAGAGCUUUGCAAAUACGCGCCCUACGACAUCAUUUUGGACUGUGCCGGCCAAGGAGCUCAAAAGGCAUCGGAAUUGAAGUACGAUUAUAGGCAAUAUAUUACCUUUUCAUCGCCAAUGCUGGCCAAUAUAGAUCAGCAAGGCUUGGUCUUUGGAGCCAUCAAAAACCUUGGCGACCUGGUCCAAACCAAUUUGAAGUCCUUCUCCCAGAGAGGCGGCCUAGUCAAGUGGGGCUUCUUCAGCCCAGCGCCCCAUGGCAUUGAGUUUCUAAAGAAGCUUGUCGAAUCGCGGAAGCUGAUUCCGCAAAUCGACUGCAGUUUUGAUUUCGCUGAUCUGCCAAAGGCCUUUGAACGUCUAAAAAGCGGACACAUGCAGGGCAAGACGGUGGUGAAGCUUUAAGGGUAUAUACGCGAUUUAUUUCAGAGUAUAUAGUGGUCAAUAAAGGGGUAUAAACACUUUAGGCUCCUAAAUAACGAAAAAUAAUGGAAGAAUACUAGACAGGGAGGUUGUUACACAUUUUAAUUAAAAUGUAAAUAAAUAAAUGUUGCGCUGUGCGUAGCAUAUUUUGUUUCAAGGUA